AUGGACGCCGCAAACUCGCCCGAUAAAGAUAACGUGAGCGCCUCGCAGGGAGGUUCAUCGGACACGUCUAGCAAGAAGCAGAAGUCGGACGCGUCUGGCAAGGAGCAGAAGGUGGAUGCAUCUAAAGGGUCUUCCAAUUCGGCCAAGCUCGAACCAGCUGGCGAAUCGGACAACCCCGCUACACCAGACGCGUUAUUCAUGGGAAGCACGGAUGCUGCUGCUAUCGGCACGGACGACGACAAAGCAAGCAAGUACAGAAAGUUUCUGCAAAAUUCUAGCGACGAGUACACAAUUCAGCAGAUGGAAAGGUUUCUAAAACAUGGGAUUUCGGAUAAUGGCAUCAGGAUGCUGACGACGGAUACCUGCACGUGGGUCUACGAUUACUACAAAACGACCAAGACGUCCACUCCAGGCUUGAAGGAAUUCACACCAGGCACGACCGUCGACUAUUACUACCACUCGACUCCCUUUCACACACAAAUUGGAAAUAUAAAUCUCAUCAUGAUGCACAGUCAGGUGAAUUUUGAAGACGGGACUGCCGCUCCAGCCGACAGGGUUUUCAAGAUGAACGAGGUAACGCCUGAAAUGGUGAAGGCGGCGAAGGUGAAGGCUCGCGAGUAUAAGAAUGAGUGCACCGACUGGAUUUAG